ACGGGCAAUGGGAAGGGCAUGGAUGCAUUCAAAGUUGAAAACACAAUCAAAUAUGGCUAUCAAGCACUCUCUUGCGCCCUAUCUCCUGGUUCUUGUCGCUAUAUUAGCUCAAACACAGAGCAUAACAGCAACAGGUGGUCAUGUCAAGGAUCUCUUCAAUCGUACAAGCUUUCCAAAAGGUUUCGUUUUCGGAACUUCCUCCGCAGCGUACCAGUAUGAAGGCGCGGCAGCUAAAGGAGGCAGGAAGCCUAGCAUCUGGGAUACUUUCACUCACGCUUUCCCAGAUAGAAUAGCGGAUGGCAGCAAUGGAGAUGUAGCCGAAGAUUUUUACCACCGUUAUAAGUUUUGGAGAAGAUUAUAUCAUGAAGAUGUAAAGAUAAUGAAGGAUAUGAAUACGGAUGCUUUCAGAUUCUCCAUUUCCUGGUCUAGAGUUCUUCCUGGUGGGAAGCUGAGCGCGGGAGUGAACAAAGAAGGCAUUCGUUUUUACAAUAAUCUCAUCGACGAGCUCCUAGCAAACGGUUUGCAGCCCUUUGUGACCAUGUUUCAUUGGGAUGUUCCCCAGGCCCUGGAAGAUGAUUAUGGUGGCUUUUUAAGCUCUCGUAUUGUGGAUGAUUAUCGAAACUUCGCUGAUCUUUGCUUCAAAGAAUUCGGUGAUCGGGUGAAGCACUGGAUCACUUUAAAUGAGCCCUCUAUGUUUGCUAGCCUGGGUUAUAACAAUGGAACUUUGGCACCUGGCCGCUGCUCCAAAUAUGUAAAUGAAGCUUGCCAGGCCGGAAACUCUUCCACCGAGCCUUACACUGUCGGCCACAAUCUGCUUCUUGCUCAUGCAGCAGCAGUUCAACUAUACAAGCAAAAGUAUCAGGCAACUCAGAAGGGACAGAUUGGAGUAACAUUAACGACUGUUAUGAUGCUCCCUUAUUCCAACUCCACAUCUGAUGUAGCGGCAGCCAAAAGAGCCCUUGAUUUCAAUCUUGGAUGGUUUCUGAACCCAGUGGUGUAUGGUGAUUAUCCAGCAUCCAUGCGUAAACGGGUGGGAAUAAGACUCCCAAAAUUCACGAACGAGCAAUCAAUGAGGCUCAAAGGAUCUUAUGAUUUUAUUGGAUUAAAUUAUUACACAACAUAUUAUGCCAAGAGUGUUCGGGCCGCUACUGUCAAUAUUAGCUACUCAACCGAUAUAGGAGUCCAGGCAACCCCCGUGCGUAACGGAGUCGCAAUUGGCGUACAGCCUGGUUCAAGCUGGCUCUACGUUUAUCCAAAGGGGAUCCGAGAUCUUCUUCUUUACACCAAGAAAAAUUACAACAAUCCUGUAAUUUACAUCACUGAAAAUGGGGUUUGUGAUACUAAUAAUACUGCGACCUUACCUCAAGCACUGGAGGAUCCAGUGAGGGUACUUUACUACUACCGUCAUCUUUUGUUCCUCCAAAGAGCCAUUAAGGACGGUGUGAAAGUCAAAGGUUUCUUCGCGUGGACACUUUUAGACGACUUCGAAUGGAGCUCUGGUUUUACUCUAAGAUUCGGUAUCAACUUCGUGGACUUCAGUAAUGGCAGCUUGAAAAGGUAUCCUAAGCAAUCGGCAAUUUGGUUCAAGAAUUUCCUGAAGAAGUAGAACUUGCGAAGAGAUAUGCUUGUGUAGAAUUCUUAUUGUUAUCUCCUUUAUUGUAAUUUUCAAUAAAUACAUAUAACCUGUGACUUCAAUAAAUAAAAUAAACCAGUGAACAAACUUUAAGAACAAGAGGGAGUAUUGCUGGUUUUGAAUG